AUGGGGAAGGGUAGAGAUCGUGGAGACUCUAAAAAAGGGCGAGGCGGGCGAGGAUCCCAUUCAGGCCCACUACAAGGCAACGGUGGCAAAAACGGUGUUGGAGCUCUGGAUGGGGAGUCGCUGACGGCCGGCCAGGUGGGACUGGACGUGCACGCCGUGGCGGAGUCUACCCGCAUCGCGCUGGAAAAGCAGCUACACGCUUUCAGGGAUGAUGAGGACGCGACGCAACUGGCGUUUCCCCCGAACCUGGACAACACGAGCCGGAAGUUCAUCCACGAGGCUGUCAAGAGGCUGGGCCUCACCAGCAAGUCCUAUGGAAAAGGGGACGCUCGGGACAUCACCGUCAAAAAAAAAAAAAAUGGUGGUGGUGGCGACGGAAACGGCGCCCAGCGGCCGCCGAUGCUCCAGCUAGGGAACGCGAGGGACGCCGCCCUGAAGGCGUACUUCUCGAGACACCCGCCUUCCAGGAGGGAAGCGGACACCGUCAUGUCGGCGGCUGUCGGCGGGGGCAUGCACGCGGCCGCCGAGCUGGCGACGCAGAAGCGGCACAAGGCCGCGCUACUGGACAGACAGGCGAAAGCUGUGACGUCACCCGGCGCUUCCGCGCAGGAACUCCAGCGCCGAACUAGCAUGUACAACGCGGCGCAGAGCAGACGCCAGAGGGCCGCGGGCCACCAGCGCAUGUCCGCUUUCCGUCAGGGCCUUCCCGCGUGGGAGUACCGGGACACCAUCGUCAACAUGGUUCGAGAUCACCAGGCGUGCCUCGUUAGCGGAGAGACCGGGUGCGGCAAGUCGACCCAGGUGCCGCAGUUCCUGCUGGACGACCCGAGCAUCGGCCCCGGCUGCAAGAUUGUGUGCACGCAGCCGAGGAGGAUCAGCGCCAUCGCCGUCGCGGAGCGUAUCGCGGAGGAGCGCGGGGAGAAGAUCGGGGGCACGGUGGGGUACACGAUCCGACUCGAGUCGUCGGUGUCCAAGGACACCCAGCUGGUCCUCAUGACGCCCGGGAUCCUACUGAAGAAGCUCGGGCGGGACCCCAUGCUGAAGGAGUUCACGCACGUGCUGAUCGACGAGGUCCACGAGAGGGACCGAAACAGCGAGUUCCUGCUGAUCGUGCUGAGAGGGCUGCUGGCCAAGAGGCCCGACCUGAGGCUGAUGCUGAUGAGCGCUACCCUUCAGCAGGGCAAGUACUCCGAGUAUUUCGGGGGGUGUCCCAUCACCACGAUAGGAGCGAGGACGUUCCCUGUGCAGGCGUUUUUCUUGGAGGACGUGCUGGUGCAGACGGACUACCUUAAAGAGAUCGGCGCAGACACGGGCGGCGGAGGCGGCGGCAAGGGGUUGCUUGGUGGGAGCGGCGUCGAGGAGCUGGAGGCGGCGGGAACAGAUUCGUACAGCUGUGCCCUCUGCGGGAAGGGCGGCUUUAGGUCGGCGGAAGAACUCGGCACCCACGUCGCCAUGUGCUUUGGCACGGCGGGGCUUGACCCCGCACUAGAAGGCUUCUCCGACGAAGGGCUAGAGCUUCUCGUUUCGGGGGCCGGCGGCGGCGGCGGCGGCGGCGGCGGCGGCGGUGGUGUGGUGUCGGGGGCACGAGCCGGCGGCGGCGGCGCAAGUGGUGGUACUGUCACCUCCAACGGGUGGCACGGGAGCGGCGACGCCGACGCGGGGCCGAACGUCCCCGGGGGGCACGCGGAGGAGAUCGACAUGGCGCAGUUCGACGCGGACAGCGUCGGAGGAGACCCUGAGCCGGUGGCAGAGGAGGACGAGGAAGAAGAAUACUUGGGAGAGUUGGCCGCGAGGGAGGAUGAGAUGGAUGGUCUCCAGGACGCUCUAGCGUCGCAGCGGUGGGACGGGAGGGGCGCGUUCCGCGCGGAGCGCGCCGCGGCGAAGACGGGCAGGGCGGAGGAGCUCCUGACCCGCUACCAGUUCGCCUUCGACGACGAGGCGGUCGACUACGAGUUGGUGGAGUGCCUGCUGCGGUACAUCUGUCGGUCGGCGUACGAGGACGGCGCUGUGUUGGUGUUCCUGCCGGGGUGGGACGACAUCACGAGAUUGGGAGAUUUCCUUCGGCAAUCCCUUCACUUUUCCGACGAGCGGAAGUUCCAGAUUCUACCGCUGCACUCCGGAGUGCCUACGGCGAAGCAGAGGCAGGUCUUCGUCAGGCCACCCAAGGGCUGCAGGAAGAUCGUGCUGUCCACCAACAUCGCGGAGACCUCCAUCACCAUAGACGACGUGGCGUUCGUGAUCGACAGCGGCAGGGCCAAGGAAUCUAGCUACGACCCUCACCUCAAGAUCAAGACCCUAGUGCCGCAGUGGGUAAGCAAGGCCUCAGCGCGGCAGCGGAGGGGAAGGGCGGGCCGCACAAAGGCCGGCGUCUGCUUCCACCUAUUCAGCGCUCUCAGGCACGAGUCUCUGCGCGAGCAUCAGGAGUCGGAGCUGUUGCGCACGCCGCUUGAGGAGGUGGUGCUGCAGGCGAAGAUGCUAGGGCUCGCCAAUGGGGGGCCUGGAGACCCAGACUCAGCGGCCGGCUUCCUCUCUCAGGCCAUAGACGCGCCCGCGGAGCUGUCCCUCCGAAACGCCGUCCAGCUGCUGCAAAGCCUCGGUGCUCUGGACGAAGGGGAGGAGCUCACAGACCUUGGAGCAAGGCUGGCCGGUAUCAGCAUCGACCCUAGGGUUGGCAAGAUGGUGCUGUGGUCCUACCUCCUGGGCUGCGCGGGUCCCGCCCUCACCUCCGCGUGCGCGAUGACCUACAAGGACCCCUUCGUGCUGCCCAUGAACGCCGCCCAGCGCAGGGACGCCAAGUCGGCCAAGAUAGCGCUAGCUCAGGAAUCGGAGAGCGACCUGAUAGCCCUCCUCACGGCCCUUGAACGCCACGCGGACGCAAAGGCCAAAGGCGGGGCCGGGGCGGCGGCGUCGCUUGCCCGAAAAGGGCACCUCAGCGCCCCUACCCUGGGCAUGAUCUGGGACAUCUGCGGGCAGGUGGCGAGGGAGCUGCAAGGCUCGGGUCUGCCGUCGGCAUACGACUGGAGAAGCCCUUGCAACAGCAACAGCCGGGACGUGUCCCUCCUGUCCAGCGUGCUGUGCGCUGGACUCUACCCCAACGUGGCGAUGCGGCGGCCGGGUGCCACAAACUUCAAGACUCUGGGAGGGCACACGGCACGGCUGCACAUGUCUUCCAUUAACGCCGCUCGGAGCCAGAGGUUGGGGCAGGCGAACUCCAGCAGACAGACGGAGUUCAUCGCUUUUGGCGAGUUGACGCGGACAGCAGCUAACUUCGUGAUGAGUAACACGUCGCCGGUCAGCCCUCUCGCGCUCCUUCUUCUCUGCGGCAACUUGAGGGCGAAACAGGUGUAUUCGGCACGAGAGGACGAGGAGAAGAUGCAUGACACCCAGGAGGUGGCCACAAUGGGGGCUGGAGGCCCCGUGGGAGGGGGAGGAGUGGGAGGGCGUGGGAUGGAGCUACUGUUCGAGCUGGAUGACUGGGUCCAGUUCCGGCUGUUGCUGUUGCUGUUGCUGUAG